GGAGGACAGAGCUGUUACUUGGAGCAGGUGUACACUAUACCCCUCAAUGCUGGAAUGAUCCCACCAUAAAUGACAUUGUGGAACUUUAUAUGUUAAAACCUUAUCUGGGGUACCAUGGCCCUAAGCGUCAGCCUCAAGAGGGUGACAAAUCUCCCAGGCCAACAUGAGAGACAAGCAACCAUGACCUUUAGAGGUUUUACUCAUAAGACCAGAAAAAUUACUGCUGGAUCUAUAGCCGAUUUCGGUGAGCAUUUCCGAUGGCCUCACUAUGGGAAGGUCGUAAAUGAUGAAGUCCUUACUGUGAAGGUUUACAACUGCAGCAAAGUUUUCACAAACAGAUCAUUAGGGAAAUUGAUAAUCAGUCUACAACAUCUCCCAAUGAGUGGUCGCCUCGUCCUCACAGAAUCUCUAGUGGACAAGAACUACAGCAUCACCGGGAUUAAUGUGGAGUUGGAUAUCCGCUAUCAGCCUGCACAGGGUGCAGUAGGCGCAUGGGUUGGAAAUGACUUUUUUACUUCAGUUGAAGAUAGUUCAGGAUUGGUUUUGCGAAAUAUUGGCUUUGAAGAUGAAGAAGAAGUGGUGGAUAUUGAAGAAGAGGCUCGCAAAAGGGAUAAGGAUGCUGUACGCAUAGGAAAAAGUCUGGUGAAAGGUUCUGAUGAUGAGGACGAUUCCUUUGAUGAGGCAGAUCUAGAAAUUUCUGGGAUCACUUUUUCUUCUGUUUUGAGCCGAUGUUCUAUUCCGGUGAGAGAUUCUGCAGCAAAUCCAAAACCAAGAAACUUCCAGAUUGCAGUUACCGUCAUACAAGCGCAGAAACUUGUUGGAGUUAAUAUUGAUCCAAUGGUUUAUGUGAAGAUUGGGGAUGAGAAAAAACACACGGCAGUUCAGAAAUCCACCAACUGUCCCUUCUAUAAUGAGUAUUUUCUGUAUGAAUUCUGUGAGCCUCGUGAUUCUGUGUUCGAAAAACUGAUAGAGAUAUCUGUUGUUCAUGUCAAGAAAAUCCGUUUUCUGAACACUCGUCUUGGAACAUUUAAAAUCGAUGCAGGCACUGUCUAUAACCAACCAGAUCACAGAUUUCUGCAGAAAUGGGCAGUUAUCACAGAUCCAAAAGACACCAGAGCGGGAAUAAAAGGUUUUGUAAAAUGCAACUUGUCUGUAGUAACAAGAGGAGAUUCCAUAGCAGCCCCUCCAUCUACUGGCAGCCAGAAUGAUGAUGUGGAAAAGAAUUUGCUACUCCCCAAAAGGAUUCCAGCUGAGAGGCCAUGGUCAAAAUUAAGUGUUAAAAUCUUCAAGGCAGAAGGACUUCCCAGUAUGAAUGAUGGUAUAAUGGGAAGUUUCUCUAAAAUGAUGGGAGAGAAGAAAGUGUUCAUUGAUCCCUAUGUCCAAGUUACUUUUGCUGGACAGCAGGGAGAGACUUCUGUAGAAAGUGACACCAAUGCACCAGAAUGGAAUGAGCAAAUCAGUUUCAUUGAGCUUUUCCCACCUCUGGUUCGUAAAAUAAAGAUUCAAGUGCUAGAUGAUGCUACUACUGGAGAUGUCGCUCUGGCCACUCAUUUUAUUGAUCUUCAGCAAAUAUCGGACCCGAGCAAAAAUGCUGGCUUUAACCCAACUUUUGGACCUACCUGGGUCAACUUUUAUGGAUCUCCGCAAAAUUAUACCUUGAGAGAUGUCCACAAGGAUCUGAAUGAGGGUCGAGGUGAAGGAAUAUUCUAUCGUGGUCGCAUUCUUGUGGCUGUGACUCUGGAUAUUUUUACCAACAACAACAUUCAGGAGAAGAAACCACUCCAAGCUCUGAAAAAUGCAUUCAGUAAGUUUAAAAUGAAGAAGAAAAGCAAAAAGUUAAAGGAAAAGGAGAAAAAGGAGAAGGAAAGUUCAGCUGCCGAAAAUGCUGAAGAUGCAGAAGGUGAACAGAAUAAUGAACAGCCUGAUGCCGUCACAGUAGAAGUGGAUGAUAUCCUUCCUUUGCCAGAGAAUGCAUUGGGUGUUAAGGAAGAAUUCCUUCUGUAUGGAGUAUUCUUUGAAGUUACAAUGAUGGACCCAAGUAUUGGGAAUAAUCGAGUAAAAUUUGAAAUUUCUAUCGGGAACUAUGGAAAAACUGCAGAAAUGAUCACAAAAGCAUCUAAAAAGAAAGGAGAUGCAGUCCCAGAAGAGCGUCAGGGCCUGCUCGAUGCUAGUUCAGAAGAUGAGCUCAGUGUGGACUUUGAGGGAGACUCAAUUAAUAAUGACCAUAGAAACAAGUCUGUAACCCCCCUGAAGACGCCAGAGCAUACACAGCCAGACGGUUCUUAUCUCUGUAUACAGAUGGGCAGUGACAGACCUUGUGUACAUGUGUGGAGCUACUGGGAGGACCACAGCUGGAGGCUGUACAGUUCUAACUGGAUAGUAAAGAUUGCUGAGCGUCUGGAACAUGGACUUGACGAAGUGGAGAAGUUGACAAGAAGACCAAAAUCAAAUCCAGAAAUUCGUUUGAAACAAGUUCUUGAGGAAUUUGUUGCUGGCUGCAGGCAGUACUCUCUCAAUGCUGGAAAGAAAACCAUGGCUCGACCCAACAACCUGGAUCGUUGCAGGAUAAAAUCUCUCCCCCAUAACAUUAUUCUCUAUGCAAAGCAAGCAUUGAGAGCAAGUCGGAAAGUGACCAAGCACAAUGUGAAGGAGAAGAUUAAUGAUGCCAAGAAAAUUCUCGCAAAAGUCAGAUUCUUGGCUAAAGAGCCACAGUGCACACUUCCAGAUGUACUCAUAUGGAUGUUUAGCAAUAACAAGAGAGUGGCAUAUGCACGAAUCCAAGCUCAAAAUAUCCUCUACUCCGUAGUAGAAGAAGAGAAAGGGAAGGACUGCGGCAAAAUCUCUACAAUAUAUUUCAAGAUCCCAGGAUCAUACAAUGGAGAAAUCUUUGCAAAAGCAGAACUCUAUCUGUGGCUUGGUGUGACUAAAUAUGCAAAAAACAGCACGGCAGAUCUACCCGAGGAUUACAGGCUCCUGUAUGAAAGAGAUGGACAACUGGUCGAGUCUCCAACCCUAAAUCCACCUGUCCUGCUGCAGAGGGAUGAUUACCGCUAUUUCCAGCUGCGAGCUCAUUUGUACCAGGCCCGUGGCAUUCUUCCAGCUGAUGACAAUGGUUUGUCCGAUCCAUUUGCUAGAGUCAUAUUUGGCAACUUAUGUCAAUCUACCAAGGUGAUUGAUGAGACUCUAGCGCCAAUGUGGAACGAAAUGCUAAUCUAUGACAAUCUCCUUUUGGAUGGCAAUAAGGAAGACAUAAAGAAUGACCCCCCACUCAUCAUUGUUAAUAUUUUCGACCAAGAUAAGUUUGGGCCACCUGACUUUUUGGGCCGUGCCUUUGCAACUCCUAUUGUAACACUAUUAGAAGAUGAGGAUAAUGAAGAAGGAGGUCUGAAAUAUAUCCAACCAGCUUUGCAAUUCUUUGACAUCUUCAAGGGUAAUAAGAAUGCCGGGGAGCUCAUAGCUGCCUUUGAACUUAUAGAACUUGAAAACAGAAGCUUUAUGAGAGAGCCAGCAAUACCAGAGUAUGUGACACUAAGAGAACCUGAGUUUGCAGAUGAGUCAAUGGAACGUUACAUCAUUCCACAAGGAAUUCGUCCAGUCCUUAAGGAGUUCAGAAUAGAGAUACUUUUCUGGGGAUUGCGAGAUUUACAGAGGAUACACUUAUUUGAAGUUGAGCAGCCUCAGGUGCGGAUUGAAUGCUCAGGAAAAAUAGUGGAAUCUGAAGUUAUAUUGAGCUACAAAGAAUUCCCCAAUUUCACUGAACUUGUGAAAUGUGUGGAUGUGGAGCUUCCAGAACAAGUGUACCUCCACCCACCUCUGAGUAUCUUUGUGGUGGAAAAACGAUCAUUUGGCCGCUCUGUGAUGGUUGGAUCUACAAUGGUGUCUCAUCUUAUGAAGUUUGCACCAAAGGAAUUGGAAGAAAUCAGUGAAGAAACUGAAGAUAAACCCAAGCAAAAGAAAGUCUUGCCUCGAUUGCCUCCUCCACCAGCAGCGAUAACUAUGGAUGAUGAAAACGACAAGAAAUUCAACCCUCUCAAUAUAAUAAAGGACCCUUUGAAGAGCUUGGGAAAAACAGUUACUAAAGAUGAAGAGCUAGAGGAAGAGCGUCCGGACCCUGAAGAGCUGGACUGGUGGUCAAAAUACUAUGAAUCUAUGAAAGAAUUAACAGACAAUGUGGAUGCUCCUGAAGAUGAUGAAGAAGGUGAAAAUGAAGAAGGUGGAGAUGCAGUGAAUAUCCACUCCUUAGAUGCUGCAGGGGAGGAAGAAAUAGUCGAAGUAGAGAUCGUGAAACCAAAGAGGAAAGUAAUUUCCACUUUAAAGAUUUAUAAAGGAGAACUUGAAAAUGAAUUUGAUAAUUUUGAAGACUGGCUCCAUACGUUUAUUCUGAAGCAGGGCAAGGCAUUGGAUGAUGACGAUGGUAACGACGAUGAUAACUUCAUGGGAAAGUACAAGGGUUCCUUCUAUAUCUACCCUUCAAGUGAGGCCACUGACGAGUUCCAGAUAAUGAGAGGUGUGCCGAGGAACCGGCCAGUGAAAGUGCUUGUGAGAAUUUACAUUGUCAAAGCAACUAAUUUAGCCCCGGCUGAUCCAAAUGGUAAGGCAGAUCCAUAUGUCAUAGUAAAAGUGGGAGAACACACAGUGGACAGCAAAGAAAGAUACAUUCCGAAGCAACUGAACCCAGUGUUUGGAGAAGUGUUCGAAAUGACCAUCUCAUUCCCUGCAGAAUCCGAACUGACAAUUUCUGUGUUUGAUCAUGACCUUAUUGGGUCAGACGAUUUGAUUGGUGAGACUAAGUUGGACCUAGAAAAUCGUUUCUACAGUAGUCACCGGCCAAACUGUGGCCUAGCACUACAAUAUGAUGUAGAGGGGUAUAAUGCAUGGAGAGAUGCCUUCAGACCUUCACAUAUUUUAACUUCAUUAUGUAAGAAGCACAGUCUACCAGCACCAGAAUAUAGAAGAGAGGAGGUGAAAGUAAAUAACAAGAUCUUUAAGAUUCCCAAUGAGGCAUUUCCUGAAGAGGCCUUCAUGAAAGAUAAGAACAAAGAAGAUGAUGGGAAUCUGUCUGCUUAUGACGAACAUAAAGCACUUCAUGUUCUUCAGCACUGGGAUGAGAUGCCAGAGUAUGGCACCAGGCUUGUUCCAGAACAUGUAGAAGUGAGGACCUUGUACAACUCAGAUAACCCAGGCCUGGGACAGGGGUCCCUUCACCUGUGGAUCGACAUGUUCCCAAAUGAUGUUCCUCCCCCACCACCUGUAAACAUCAAACCACGUGAACCAGUUAGUUACGAGUUACGGGUUAUUAUUUGGAAUACCGAUGAUGUCAUUCUAGAUGAUGUAAAUCCAUUUACUGGGACGCCUUCAAGUGAUAUCUAUGUGAAAGGAUGGAUAAGAGGUUUGAAUGGAGACAAGCAAGAGACCGAUGUACAUUUUAAUUCCCUCACCGGUGAAGGAAAUUUCAAUUGGAGGUUUGUGUAUCGGUUUGACUACCUUCCCACUGAGAAAGAGAUCACAUACAAAAAGAAAGACUCCAUCUUUUCCAUAGAAGAGACAGAAUAUAGGGAGCCAGCCUUCCUUGCCCUCCAAGUUUGGGAUUAUGAUCGGAUAUCUGCCAAUGACUUCUUAGGUUCAAUUGAAUUAAAAUUAGGUGAUAUGGUACGAGGAGCCAAAACAGCUGGCCAAUGCACCAUCAAAAUGGCCAAAGAUAAAGCCACACCGCGCUUCUCUAUCUUUAGAAACAAGCGAAUGAGAGGCUGGUGGCCAUUUGUCAAACUCAGAACUGAAGAAGAUGAAGAGAGAGAGGAACGAGAGGCCAAGGAUAAAAAGAGUAAAAAGAAAAAGAAAAAAAAGAAUGUAAACCUGGAGGAUGUGCAGUACACUGAUUCAAGUGGAAACAUUUAUAUCCUGGCAGGGAAAGUUGAAGCAGAAUUUCAGCUUCUGACAGUGGAGGAAGCAGAAAAGAGUCCAGUGGGAUUAGGGCGGAAGGAGCCAGAACCUCUGGAUAAGCCAAACCGUCCAAAAACCUCAUUCAACUGGUUUGUGAACCCACUGAAAACAUUUGUCUUCUUCAUCUGGAGGAAAUAUAAGAAGUACAUCAUUGCUCUAGUGAUCAUAGCCAUUCUCACCAUUUUCUUGGUCCUCAUCCUUUACACCAUGCCGGGAUUCAUCAGUGAGAAGAUUAUUAAUGGAUAGGCAUUAUCAAUGUCACGCACAGUGUAAAUAAUCUGACUACAGGAUAAACUGUAUAUAACGUUGUGAAUUAUUUCAUGUGAAGGAAGUCCAUGCUGUUUACACAAUCACACCGCCCCAUGUGAGCUCAACAUGAUCAUAAGCGCCAAAAUUAAGAAAAUGGGUCAAAUAAUGGGUGUCUUUUUGAAGAAUGGUUGCAUUUCCCAUGAAUUAACAAUUCUGGAGCAUGUAGUCCUAUGACUCUGUGAGGGGCGAUUCCUCUAUUAUUCCUGCCAGAAGUAAUGAAUAAAUGAAUUCCUAGCAGUUGGGAGUGUCUCCCAAAGGGCUCAUGCACACGACUGUUUUUGUUUUGCGGUCCGUUUUUCACGGAUCCGUUGUUCCAUGUCUGA